AUGACACCGACGGCAGAGGCACCUGGCACCGCAACCAUAGAGGGUCUCCAUGGUCAACUUGUCAGCUUCCCUGCUGAUUCUGAAGCAUUGCGAGGAGGCCUGGUCUGGCAGUCCGUGGGUGGCAACGAGGCGGACGACAAGGAAAGUGACUCGUCAGAGGAGGAAGAUGACAAGAUUGAUGAAGCUGGAGGAGGCGAUAAGCAACUACCGUUCGAGCCGGUGCUGGUGGGUGGUGACGCAGAAGCUGCGACUGGCUACGAGCAAGCAGAAGAUGGAGCCGGUGUUGGUAACUUGCAAGCCUACUCCGGUGCUGCCUUGGGCCACAUGCAAGCAGACGCUGGAGGCGCCGACGGCAACGGGCAGUUCGUCACUGGAGCUGCGGCUGCCAACGCUCAAGCCUACGCUGCCGGCGCCGACGGCAACGUGGAGUUCUUCGCUGGCGCCGCCGCUGGCAACGCUCAUGCAGUCGCAGGAGCCGCCGACUGCAACAUGCAGUCUUUCGCUGGUGGGGCCGCUGGCAACGCUCAUGCCGUCGCUGGAGCCGCCGACGGCAACAUGGAGCUAUUCGCUGGUGGGGCCGCUGACAACGCUCAUGCUGUCGCUGGAGCCCCCGCUGGCGAUGCGCAAGUCGCUGCUGGUGAUGCCCUGCCGACUCGGGGACGUCGUACUGCACUACCUGGAGCUCAUCAUGCCACGAUGAACCUUAACCUUCUCGCCGAGAUCGAUGAUAUGCACAACACGAUGUCGAUCCUGUAG